GAGGAGGCGCGCGCGGCGGAGGAGGCGCGCCGGGCCGAGGAGGCCCGCAGGGCGGCGGAGCGGGCCGCCGAGGAGGCCCGCAGGGCGGCGGAGGCGGCGCGCCUGGCGGAGGAGAAGGCGAAGGCAGAGGCCAGGGAGGAGCAAGAGCGGCAGGAGGAGGCCCAGCGGGCGGAGCGGGCGCGGCUGGCGGAGGAGAAGAGGAAGGCCGAGGAGGCCCGGCAGGCCGAGGAGGAAGCCCGCCUGGCGGAGGAGCGCCGCGCCGAGGAGGAGCGGGCAGCGGAACGCCGCGCCGAGGCGGAGAAGGCGGCGGCGCGCCGCGCCCAGGAGGAGGCGCGCCUCGCCGAGGAGCGCCGUGCCGAGGAGGAGAGGCGCCGCGCCGAGGAGGCCGAGAAGCAGGCGGAGCUCGACAGGAUCGAGGAGGAGCGGCUCGAGCGGGAGCGGCAGAAGGGCUCCAAGUGGGGCGUGUCCGGCGGCGCCCUCAAGGCCGCGCAGGAGGCCGAGGAGAAGAAAAAGGCGCGGCUGGCCGAGGAGGCCCGCAGGGCCGAGGAGGAGGCCCGCAGGAGGGCGGAGGAGGCGCGCAAGGUCGAGGAGGCCAGGCUGAUCAACGAGGCCCGCAGGGCCGCCGAGAAGAAGAAGGCCGAGGAGGAGGCCGAGCAGCGGCGGCAGGCCGAGGAGGCCGAGAAGCUCCGCCGAGCGGAGGAGGCCCGCCUGGCGGAGGCCAGGAAGAGGCAGGAGGAGGCCGAGAGGGCGGAGCAGGCGCGGCUGGCAGAGGAUAAGAGGAAGGCCGAGGAGGCCCGGCAGGCCGAGGAAAGGGCCCGCCGGGCGGAGGAGAGGCGCGCCGAGGAGGAGCGGGAGGCGGAGCACCGCAACGCGGAGCUCGCCCGGCUGGCCGAGGAGAGGCGGGCCGAGGAGGAGAAGGCCAAGGCCGAGGAUGCCGAGCGGCAGGCGGAGCUCGACAGGAUCGAGCAGGAACGGCUCAAAGGCUCCAGGUGGGGGAUUUUCGGCGGCGCCCUCAAGGCCGCGGAGGGGGCCGAGGAGAAGAGGAAGGCGCGGCUGGCCGAGGAGGCGCGCAAGGCCGAGGAGGAGGCCCGCAGGAAGAGGGAGGAGGCGCGCAAGGUCGAGGAGGCCAGGCUGAUCAACGAGGCCCGCAGGGCCGCCGAGAAGAAGAAGGCCGAGGAGGAGGCCGAGCAGCGGCGGCAGGCCGAGGAGGCCGAGAAGCUCCGCCGAGCGGAAGAUGCCCGCCUGGCGGAGACCAGGAAGAGGCAGGAGGAGGCCGAGAAGGCGGAGCAGGCGCGGCUGGCGGAGGAGAAGAGGAAGGCCGAGGAGGCCCGGCAGGCCGAGGAGGAGGCCCGCCUGGCGGAGGAACGCCGCGCCGAGGAGGAGCGGGCAGCGGAGCGCCGCGCCGAGGAAGAAGCGCGCCGCGCCGAGGAGGAGGCGCGCCUCGCCGAGGAGCGCCGUGCCGAGGAGGAGAGGCGCCGCGCCGAGGAGGCCGAGAAGCAGGCGGAGCUCGACAGGAUCGAGGAGGAGCGGCUCGAGCGGGAGCGGCAGAAGGGCUCCAAGUGGGGCGUGUCCGGCGGCGCCCUCAAGGCCGCGCAGGAGGCCGAGGAGAAGAAGAAGGCGCGGCUGGCCGAGGAGGCCCGCAGGGCCGAGGAGGAGGCCCGCAAGAGGGCGGAGGAGGCGCGCAAGGUCGAGGAGGCCAGGCUGAUCAACGAGGCCCGCAGGGCCGCCGAGAAGAAGAAGGCCGAGGAGGAGGCCGAGCAGCGGCGGCAGGCCGAGGAGGCCGAGAAGAAAAAGGCCGAGGAGGCGCGGGCGGCGGAGGCUGCGCGCGCCGCCGAGGAGCAGCGGCGAGCCGAGGAGGCGGAGCGCGCCCGCCUGGCGGAGGAGGCCCGCCUCGCGGAGGAGGCCCGCGUGGAGGCCGAGCGCCUCGCCGAGGAGCGCCGCGCCGCCGAGGCGGCGGAGCGGGCCCGCCAAGCGGAGGAGGAGGCGCGCCUCGAGCGGGAGCGCCUCGAGCGGGAGCGCCUCGAAGAGGAGGCGCGCCUCGCCGAGGAGGCCGCCGAGGCCGAGCGGACCCGCCUCGCCGAGGAGGCGCGCCGCGCGGAGGAGGAGGCCCGCCAGGCCGAGGAAGCCCGCCUCGCCGAGGAGCGACGCGUCGUCGAGGAG